AUGCCCCCAAGUGGCUCUACCACGACCACAAUGCGGUCGACCGCGGGGAUGCCCAAGGGCCCCGACCGCGAUUCUAUCCAGGAUACGUGGAGCUACCUUGCGUCCGGCAUCACUAAGAUUAUGACAGAUCUUCAGAAUGGAAUGACCAUGGACGAUUACAUGGGCAUCUACACGGCCGUCCACAACUUCUGUACGUCGCAGAAGGCUCAUCCCAUGACCAACUCAGCGCCUGCAUCGCCCAGCCUCGGUGGUAAUCAUAGGGGCGCACACCUCCUGGGCGAGGAUCUCUACAAGAAGUUGAUGGACUACCUCGAUCAACAUCUCAAGGACCUGCUGGACAGAGCUCUGCAGCACACAGACGAGGCGCUCCUCACAUACUACAUCAAGGAGUGGGAACGCUUUACCAACGCUGGAAAAUACGUUCACCACCUGUUCCGAUAUCUGAACCGGCACUGGGUCAAGCGGGAGAUGGACGAAGGCAAGAAGAACAUCUUCGACGUGUACACCCUGCAUCUUGUGCAGUGGCGUGGCGUCCUCUUCGAGAAGAUUGACGAGAAGGUCAUGGAUGCGGUCCUGAAGCUGGUCGAGAAGCAACGAAACGGCGAGACCAUCGAGCAUAACCAGAUCAAACAAGUCGUUGACUCGUUCGUAGCCCUUGGCUUGGAUCCGUCUGACCCCAGCAAGACGACCCUCGACUGCUACCGAUACCACUUUGAGCGACCGUUCCUCGAGGCAACCAGAGCCUUCUACCAACGAGAGAGCAAGCAGUUCCUUGCCGAGAAUAGCGUCGUGGAGUACAUGAAGAAGGCCGUGGCUCGACUGGACGAGGAAGAGGAGCGCGUCAAGCUGUACCUUCAUCCAGACAUAGCCGUGUCUCUGAAGAUGGCCUGCAAUGAUGCCUUGAUUAAGGACCACGCCAAUCUUCUAAGGGAUGAGUUCCAGAUACUGCUUGAGAACGACCGCGAGGAGGACAUGGCCAGGAUGUACGAUCUGCUUGCCAGGAUCCAGAACGGUCUAGACCCGCUUCGUGCCAAAUUUGAAGCCCACGUCCGAGGGGCUGGUCUGGCUGCGGUGACCAAGGUUGCACAAGAUGCCGACAAGCUGGAGCCAAAGGUCUACGUGGACGCUCUUCUGGAGAUUCACGCCCAAUAUCAGGGGCUGGUGAAGCGGGCGUUCAGGGAUGAACCGGAGUUUACGAGAUCACUUGACAAUGCCUGUCGCGAGUUUGUCAACCGCAAUGACAUGUGCAAGUCAGGGUCCAACAAGUCCCCUGAGCUCCUCGCCAAGUAUACAGACGUUCUGCUUCGCAAGAGCGGCACUGGCGUUGAGGAGUCGCAGUUGGAAGAGACACUCGGCCAGAUUAUGACCGUUUUUAAGUACAUCGAGGACAAGGAUGUUUUCCAGAAGUUCUACUCGCGGAUGCUUGCUCGACGGCUGGUCCACAGCAACUCGUCCUCGGACGACGCUGAGACUAGCAUGAUCAGCAAAUUGAAGGAAGCAUGCGGCUUCGAGUACACUAACAAGCUGCAGCGAAUGUUCCAGGACAUGCAGAUCUCCAAGGACCUCAACGCUGGCUUCAAGGAGCACACAAGCGGUCUCGAAGACUCUUCGUUGCUAGACUCAUACUACAACAUCCUUGGUACUGGUUUCUGGCCCCUGACGCCUCCAUCGACAACCUACAACCCCCCUGCCGAAAUCGCGGCGGACAUUGAGAGGUUCACGAGAUUUUACAAGCACAAGCACGAGGGGCGGAAACUGACGUGGCUCUGGCAACUGUGCAAGGGCGAGCUGAAAGCCAACUACUGCAAGAACAGCAAGACGCCCUACACCUACCAAGUCUCCUUGUACCAGAUGGCGGUCCUGCUACUAUUCAACGAGAAUGACCAGAACACGUAUGAGGAAAUCACCGAGGCGACGCAAAUGAACGCCGAGAGCCUGGAUCCCGCCCUUGGGAUCCUUUUGAAGGCCAAGAUUCUUACCAUGUCGCCCGAGGAUGGCAAGCCUGCCAAGGGCAAGACAUUCCACCUGAACUACGGAUUCAAGAGCAAGAAGAUUCGGGUCAACCUCAAUAUUGGAACCAAGUCAGAGUCCAAGCAGGAGGAGGUCGAGACGAACAAGACCAUCGAGGAGGAUCGCAAGCUUCUGCUUCAGUCCGCGAUCGUUCGUAUCAUGAAGGCUCGCAAGAAGAUGAAGCAUCAGCAGCUGGUCAGUGAGACGAUCAACCAGAUCCGAACGCGGUUCGUUCCAAAGGUGGCGGACAUCAAGAAGUGCAUUGAAAUCCUGUUGGACAAGGAAUACCUGGAGCGUCUGGAGGAUGACGAGCUUGGUUACCUUGCGUAG